CGGAUGUACUCUGUUAGUGUUGCUGACGAGACGCUGAAAACAGGUUCUCCAUUUCCAGCUGAUCGACUCAUUUGAUCAGCUCCUGGUGGAACAUCGUCAUGACCUGACGAAUUGUCCCUUUCCUAUUUAAUCAUGAAUGACAAGCUGGUUUUUCUGGGCCUCCUCUACUUUGUGCAGGGGAUCCCCUAUGGUCUCCAGUCCUUGUUGCUCCCUGUCUACCUCCGUGGGGCGGGCCACUCCCUCACCCACAUCGGCUUGACCAAAAUCCUCUACUUCCCCUGGGUGCUCAAGGUCCUCUGGGCACCCCUGGUGGACCGUGUGGGCACCAAGCGGUGCUGGCUGGUGGCCACAGUCUCUGGCCUGGCGCUUACUUGUCUCUCCAGUGCCGCUCUGGCCCCGGAGGCCCACAUCUGGGGAGUGGUGGCGACUCUGCUGGCCAUGAACGCCCUGGCGUCGGUUCAGGACAUCACAGUGGACGGGGCCGCUGUGGGACUGCUGAAGGGCCGCAGCGAGCUGGGCCUGGGCAACAUGGCUCAGGUGGUGGGCUACAAGGCCGGCUCGGUGUUCGCUGGGGGCGGGCUCCUGGCUGUGAUUGACGUGGCCGGGUGGGGCCCUAUGUUUAUGCUGUUGGCCUUUGUGUACUUCGGGGUGGCACUGUUUGUGUGGGGGGCCCCUGUGCUGGACAAUGAGCUGUUGAGGGGCCAGGCAGAGGGGAGGAGGGGGGUCCAGUCGGACGCUGUGCAUCCCUGGAGGGUGUGGCGGAAGCUGCUGUCAGUACCUGGGACGCCCUGGACCAUGAUCUACGUUCUCACAUACAAACUGGGUGAGCAGGGUGCGGUGACCAUGUUCCCUCUCUUCCUUUUGGACCAUCACAUGACAGCCCGGGAGCUGGGGUUCUGGAACGGCGUGAUCGCCAUGUGCUUCUCAAUCUGUGGCUCCUCCCUCGGUGGCCUGCUGCUCUCCCAGUUCAGUAUUGGCUCUCUGAUGAGGCGGGUGUUUGUGAUGCGGACUGUCAGUAUGGUGUUCCAGAGCUCCCUUCUGACUGUGCUGGAACCUUCUCCACUCAUGAAAGGUAUGGCCGUGUUGAGUUUGAGCAUUCAGCACUUCCUGGGCGGCCUCAUCACAACGCUCACCUUCACAACCAUGAUGCACUGCACACAGAGAGCGGAGGAGAGUGUACAGGCCACCCACUACAGUUUCCUGUCCACUCUGGAGGUGAUGGGGAAGCUGAUGUUCGGUGCCCUGGCAGGGGGCCUGGUGGACUGGGUGGGUUUCCCCACCGCCUUCCUCCUUUUCCUGGUCCUCUCUGCCGGAACAGCCCUCCACAUCUGGAAGGCCACAGACACAGGGGCCCUCAGGGAACAGCCCAAGUGAUCAGCUUUUUGUUCUAGCCCUUACUAACACAUCAGAUCAAGCUACUCAAAGGGUCAGUUGAGUCGUUGAACAAGGUGUGUGAGUGUAGGGUUGGAACAAAAACCUCCACGCCCUAUAGGUGUCCAGGACUAGGGAUGGUGAUCACUGAGAUUGAGGAGGAGGAGGAAGGAGUGUGUUGCAUGAGUGCGAAGCAAAUUCUGUCCUACGUCGGCGUCCUAGAAAAACUCUGUAUCUCACUUUUUUUAAACAUAAAUUGAAAGUUUCACAGAACAUUCCACUCCAUGUUCUGUGAAAGAUUAAUGAAUCUAGUAGUAAUAUAAGUAAUUCAAAAAGCCUUGUGAAUUCCCAUUAAUAUAUGGCAACAACAACAUUGUUUCAGAUUCCUGAAAAGGGAACUUUUUUAUACAAGAUUUUUCCAGGACACUGAUGGGUAGCUAUAUUGAGUUGGGGGAUUGGAUCAGUAGCAUAAGGGAUAGGGAGGACAAUAAAUGGGAAAGCUGUUAAGGGGCUGUUGGAGGACAAACAGUACCAUCUGAGCCAUUUUCAUAUUUGCCAAGGCUGCAGUAAAAUUUAAUCCAGCAGUUAUACUUAGCCAUUCAUUAGCCAGCGAUGAAGGUUAUAUAUGUCAUAUCAGUUUCCUUUUUGAACUUGUUCUGUGGUGACAUUUAUGAAUGAAUCCCUACUACCUCUUAUCAACACUGUAAGAUACGCAGAAGAAGCUAGUGAGCAGUAAAGUACAACAUUUACUAGCUAACGUGCAAUUUUGAUUAGAGGUAGCUAGCUUGAACCAUUACUCUGCUAGCCUAGGUUAGUUGUUAGCGCAAUUAGAGAACCAGGUCAGACUUUAUUUAUAUAGUCCGGAUUUUCAUACUAUCAACAAACUAUCUGUUGAUAAGCAACUGCUUGCUAUGGUUACUGUUAGGUUUAGGGUUAGGGUUAGGGUACGGUCUAAGCUUAGGGUUAUGAUAACGGUUAAGGUUAGGGUUACAGCUAGGGUUAGUAGAUAGUUAGUUGAAAUGUUACUGAUGGUCUAUAUCUGCAGAUGGACUAUCCAAAUAAAGUAUUACCGAGAACAGUACUGUAGCCUUACAUUUUGUAUGGUGGUUAGUUUUCCAAGAUUGGCAACAAAAAAAAUGAAAAAAAUAUAAUGUACAUUUUUAUGAAUUCUGGGGGAAAAUUAAAUUCAUGUCAUUUUACAUAGAUGCUGGUUGUUUAACUACCUGCUGAUAUUGCUUGUUUGAGUUGUUAAAUAAUGUGUAAAGUUCUUAAGAAUAACACACACCUUAUCUAAUCACAGCAGUUGAAGCAACUUAGAUUGUGGUGCAGUUCAUUCGACUGGUGAGAGGCGUCUACUGGCAAAAGGACUGAAAUAUUCAACCAAUGCCGCACACUGAUUGAAUACCAUCUGUCUUUUGUUUACCGUAUCACACAUUGUGAUGGCUGAAUUACAAUAUAACAGAUAAUCACAGGGGACAAGUCAAAGGGAUGACAGUUCACAGAGGUGGCAUAGUGACACUUGGCCUAGGCAGUUUCAGAUAGGGACAGCCAUGGGGAGAUAGAACCAGAGCAACCAUGUUAUGAACUGUCAUGAUCAGCAGGGUCACUUUGACCAAUACAGCCAAGUCCACGCUAAUGUAAAGCACCUGUUGCAAAGCACACCCCUGCCUCUGACACAUGCUGAGAGAUUGUCACAAAAUAAAGCUGCUACCCAAAUGUCA